UAUAUAUGUAUGGCGGCCGACGGGAGACCUCCGGAGCUGAGCCCCGAAGCCACUUCUUCCCUCAUCACUAGACACUUUCCGUUUCAGAGCGUCUCCGUCCGGUCUUUCAAGCCUCUUCCGAGCUACGACGACCGAAACGUCUACUUCACCGGCACGCUUGAGCGGGAUGGUGGGCGUGACAGCACCGCGUGCGCCGAAGAAGCGGCGUUCGUUCUGAAGUUGUUCAAUCGUAACACGAACACGCCGGCCGUGCUGGACGGGCUGAACGCCGUAAUGCUGUGGCUGAGGGAGAGAGGAAUCCCGUGCAGUUCUCCUGUCUCCAGCAGGGGAGGAGACCACGCAGUCGACUGCGAAUUGUCGGCGGGUAGCUCCGGUGAGGGCGUCACGUACACCGUCAAGAUACUGAAGUUCAUACCAGGUGUAGUCAUGGAUAAGUUGGAAAAGAAGUAUCUGACACCAGAGCUGUCUUAUUCUGUAGGGAAACUGGUUGGCAAUAUUGAUGCAGCCCUGCAGGACUUUAGUCACCCCGCAAUAGAUAAACGUAGACUAGAAGACUGGGAUCUGAUGUAUUUCACAGACAUCAAGCAGUUCAUCCCCCACCUGAGGGACGAGGAGAAGAGACAAGUGGCCCACUCUGUGGUAGCACUGUACGAGGAAAACGUCGUGCCGAUGAUCCCCAAAAUGAAGAAAGGUGUGGUCCACAACGACGUAAACGGUCUGAAUAUCCUCUUCGACGUGGGUGCAGCAGACAAGUGUGAAUUGAGCGGACUGAUAGAUUUUGGAGACUGCAUGCGUACCUGCUUCCUCUUUGAGCUUGCCAUCAUGCUGGCCUACGGCAUGUGUGAGAAAGAUAAUCCAGUGGAGUUUGUUGGUCCAAUGUUUCGUGGCUACCGUGAUGUGUUUCCACUGAGUGCAGAAGAGCUGGACUGUCUCUACUAUGCAGUGUUGGCCAGACUUUGUCAAACAGCAGUCAACGGAGAGUAUCGCUUUACUCUCGAACCGUGGAACACAUAUCUACUCACUACACCGUCUCAGGGCUGGAAAUUGAUGAACUUGCUUCUGUCACUCGGCAAGAAACGUGUAGAAGAAAUAUGGGACCCGUGCCUCCUCCAGGAAACUGCAGACGACCAGGUGACGGGCGAGGCCCGAGACGACCUGCCCCGCGUACUGAGAGAGAUGUGCUAUCAGAGCCGUAACAGGUACUUCCAGCGGCUUGAGAAUAAACCGUCGCUGGCUCCAAGCUGGAUAAGCGAAAUACUGCAAUACGAAAUAAGCCAGAGAGCCGACCAGUAUUUCUACGAAAGGCCAGUCCACACUCCAAGAAACUCCAUCUGUGCACCCAUGAACACCACGUGUUGUAAACCGCGGACAGAGAAGCACAUAGCAAGAAUGACCAUCAAGGAAUACGGAGAACUUUUCCUCAACGUCACUCACGAGAACGUUGGAAAUUGCUUCACCGUCGGCAGACACUUCUACCAUGCUAUUUACUCCAAUUUUGUUGAGAUCAAACGUCAACUAGAGAUCCCAGUGAGAAACCUACUUGACAACAAGAUGCCCGAGGACCUGUUUCGAGACUUUUUCCAAUACCUGAGCAGUUUCUCUGUCGUUUCGGAUCUCUGCGUUCUCCCACUGGAGCUGACCGCCGUCACGUCAAAGAUAUUCGACGUCGUCUACGACGCACAGCCGGGAGAGAGCCUGAGGGAAACGCACACGACAUGCUACCAGAACGUCUCCACCCAGCUCAUGUCCGAAACGUACGAGCGGCUCUUCAACGGACUAGAGAGACAGUUGUACAACUUGGACCUCAUAUUCAGAGCCAUGCAGAUCUCCGAGACCGUUCUGGAGGGGCUGAAACGCCAUCGAUUUGCCACCGAGUGUACCAAGCCGCUCACUCAGAUGUUCAACUGUGCUCAAUGCACCGGAUACUUCCUGUUUAAGCCCUGUCUCUUUUACUGUAUGAAUGUCCUUCGAGGCUGCUUUGCCGACGUCGCUGACGUACAUAAAGAUUUUCAACUAAUGACCAAAGCCCUCAGCGAUAUACCGGACGAUAUCCUUGGGACGUUUCAACCAGAAGUUUUCAUAAAGGAUAGUUUGACGCAUUUUGUCAACCUUGUUGAAGAUCUGCGGGCGUUGGAUCUCAAAUCCGAGAUUUACGCUGCCUGUAUGGGGGAGAACAGUGCGGUGGUAAAGCGAAAAAGGAGCGGAUACUCUCGAAGGCAAUCUUCGGCGUUUACAACCGUUUCUCCCAGUGCCUCCUCGCAAGAAGAAGACAGACUAGCCGCAGCCUUUGACAUGGAGUUGCGAUGUAUGGAGAAGAUAGGCUCCCUACUGGGGAACGUUCCGGAAGAGAUGUGUUACCAGAGCAAGGAGCACCCGACCAUUGCCGACACUGGAACCACCAGUGCUGGCUGGGCACCAGUUUUGGAACUCAAGUUCACCAAGGAAGAACAGGCCAACAACCCAGAGUUCAGGCACAGUGCCCACCAACCCUACCUCAACCAGUUCACAGAUCUCUGCAUGGAACUCUCGAUGAUCACCGCUGAACUCAACGAAACCCUCGACCUCGUGUUGUGCCUGGACGACGAAGAUUGUACGACUGCUCCGUUCUAUAUCUGUGAGAGAGAGGAAGAUGACGUCGUCAGCGGUAGUGGUAGUGGGAGUGGGGAGGGCGAAUUGGAGGGGACGGGGAGUGGGCGGAGCAGUGGGAGUGGUCUCAGUAGCGGAGGAUCGGCAGACGAUGGUCUGCGCGACAUGGAAGAUGGAGACAGCGAGAUUAGAGUAGAGGAGUCAACGCUGGGGUCUGGAGUGGAUACCCAGACACCUUACUCCGCACCCCGAAACACGACGGAGCCGGAGGAGACUCCGGGGGUGGAGGAAGACGGGUAUACGGUGUACGACAUCAUCUCCGACCCCAACACGACUAGUGACUCCACCCCCUCAUCAGACACGCCCCCAAUCACAGAAAUUGGGGAAGAUAAGCCGUCUAUCGCUGAGUCUAUCCCCAACGAUAAACCAGUUCUCUCUGAAGAUAAACCAUCUCUCCCCGAAGAUAAACCAGUUCUUCCUGAAGUUAAACCAUCUUCCCCUGAAAUUGGGGUUAGUAGUAGCAAUGGAACUGACAAAAUUGAUGGCACCACUGAUCAACCGACAUUGACGUCACUGGCUUUAGAACUAAAAUCCUCAAAAUUUAUCUUUUUGUCAGCCGUGGCUGCGUUUUUACUUCUUUUUUUGACAUAA